AUGUUCCCAGCGCUGGAAACAGAGUUGAAGCAGGAGACUCUUCCUGAUCCCUACGAGGAUUUUAUGCACCAUCACCUCCAGUAUUAUGGAUACUUUAAAGCCCAGAAAGGCAAUCUACCAAAUUCUGCUGCUCAUCAGCGUGUUUGGAAGACUAGUCCUCGGUACAUGUUGAAUGGCUCUUUUGGAGAAAGAGACAAUUUGAUCUCGGACACCUUGGAAAAAGAGACAUUUCUAUGGCCUACCUGUUUGUCUUCAGCGGGGCACACGCAGAUAGGCGCUGUGAGCAGAGAUUCACUUAUGCUGAGUUCACCACUUCUUAGGAGCAGGCAGCUUCUUUGUGAUGAACUGGAUGAAGUGAACCCGCGUUUUCGAGAACCCCGAGAGCUCUUCUCAUUUUUCUCUAGCCGAGGGCCACUGCAGGCUCCAAGGUGGCCGAUAGAGUGUGAGGUCAUCAAGGAAAACAUUCAUCAUAUUGAGUGGGUUCCACCUCAGCCAGAAUACUUCUAUCAACCUACAGGAGACGAGAAGAUGCCCGAGGUUGUGGGAGAAGAGCAAGGCACAGUUGUCUACCAGUUAGAUUCAGUACCCACAGACGGUGCCUACUUCACCAGUUCCAGAAUAGGAGGCAAACGAGGGAUUAUCAAGGAACUUGCUGUUACGUUGCAAGGGCCAGAAGAUAAUACCCUGUUGUUCGAAUCAAGGUUUGAGAGCGGGAAUCUGCAGAAAGCCGUCAGAGUAGGCGUCUAUGAGUACGAACUCACCUUGCGAACUGACCUCUACACAGACAAACACACCCAGUGGUUUUACUUUAGAGUUCAGAAUACCAGAAAAGACGUCACCUACCGCUUCACCAUUGUGAACUUGCUGAAGCCCAAGAGCCUGUAUGCGGUGGGAAUGAAACCUCUUAUGUACUCUCAGCUGGAUGCUGCCACCUACAAUGUUGGCUGGAGGAGAGAAGGACAGGAAAUCAAGUACUACAAGAACAACACGGAUGAUGGGCAGCAGCCCUUCUACUGUCUCACCUGGACCCUUCAGUUUCCGCAUGACCAGGACACUUGCUUCUUUGCACACUUUUACCCGUAUACUUACACUGACUUGCAAUGCUAUCUCUUGUCGAUCGCAAACAACCCCAUCCAGUCUCAGUUCUGCAAGCUCCGAGCUCUAUGCAGGAGCCUAGCUGGGAACACGGUCUACUUGCUCACCAUCACCAGUCCAUCCAGGACCCCUCAGGAGGCAGCUACAAAGAAAGCUGUGGUGUUGAGUGCCAGAGUCCACCCUGGAGAAAGUAAUGGCUCCUGGAUCAUGAGAGGAUUUUUGGACUUCAUCCUUGGCAACUCCCCAGAUGCCCAGCUCCUCAGGGAUACCUUUGUCUUCAAGGUGAUUCCCAUGCUAAAUCCAGAUGGAGUGAUCGUGGGGAAUUACCGGUGUUCACUGGCUGGAAGAGACUUGAACAGACAUUAUAAAACCGUUCUUAAGGAUUCUUUCCCUUGCAUUUGGUACACCAAGAAUAUGAUCAAAAGACUUCUGGAAGAAAGAGAGGUUCUCUUGUAUUGUGAUUUCCAUGGGCACAGUCGCAAGAACAAUAUCUUCCUGUACGGCUGUAACAGCAACAGUCGGAAGCACUGGCUGCAUGAGCGGGUCUUCCCUUUAAUGCUAAGCAAGAAUGCGCCAGAUAAGUUCUCUUUUGACAGUUGUAACUUUAAGGUCCAAAAAUGCAAAGAAGGAACAGGAAGAGUUGUGAUGUGGCGGAUGGGCAUCACAAACAGCUAUACAAUGGAGUCGACCUUUGGCGGGUCCACCCUAGGCAGUAAAAGAGACACUCAUUUUACCAUUGAGGACCUGAAGUCCCUAGGUUAUCAUGUCUGUGACACUAUUCUGGAUUUCUGUGAUCCUGACCAGACCAAGUACACUCAGUGUCUACAAGAGCUUAAGGAGCUCUUACAACAGGAAAUCCACAAGAAGUUCAAUAACUCUGGACAAGAGAUGGACUUAGAAGGAAGCUGGAGUGACUUUCCUUUGUCCGACAUCGAAUCCAGCACAAGUGGUUCUGACAGCUCCCUCUCGGAUGGUCUUCCUGCCCACCUACUGAGCAUGGCAGAUGAGCUGAAUCAGAAAAUGGUGUUAAAGAAGCCAAAGAAGAAAAGACUUCAGACGAGGAAGCAACGAAACGAGCAGCACCAGAACUAUUUGAGGCGGGAGUUAAAGUUGACAGAGGACACCCCAGGAAGGGCAGGAUUUGCGUCUACUCUGCAAAAGCAGUCUACUGUUUUGAGAAAUGCAGAGAACUCUAGUUCUUCAGUGAGAAGUGAAAGCCGAGGCUCGACAGAGUUAAGUGGAAGAGACAAAGGCACCUCCCUGGACCCACCAUUGACCAGCCUGGUUCUACCUAAGAAUAAAGAAAUAAUUCAGAGUAAGAAGCCAGGCUUUACGUCAUGCUCUCCAAAGAGAAGCACAAACUCCAGCCUAGGGCCAGCUCCAGAUGUCAAGCCAAACUGGCCUAGGACUAAAUACCCUGCCACAAGGAAAGACCGCACCGCCACGGCGGUGUGCCCAUCUUUGCACAUAUACACAUACCCUUAGGUGUGUGCUUCUGCU